CCAUGACUGACACUGAGAACAAUGCCACUGCUGGCACUACCACACUAUCCCACCCUAGGACUCUGAACGAUGGGGAUUAUUGCUUCCGAACCGCAAUUUGGUUGAGUUCGGAGGAAUUCUUUGAAAAUGGUGCAGCGUGGCGGCCGGACUAUCCCCUCUUGCGAAGGCCACCUUUUAGACCCAAUCGGCCUGAUGGCACUAACGAGGACGACGAGGACAACGGGGACGAGGACGACGACAGUCACUAUUCCAGCGACGAGGAAUCCGAGGACACCGAGCCGAGAUCGGACCUAGACCCUAAACCAUUGAUCAUCAUGGUCUAUAUCCCCGACGAAAAUGAGGAAGACUGGCAGGAGUACAUACCGCCCGGCUUAACUGACACAGUCGAUAUCGAAUGGACUUGCAGCAUCGCUGCAUUCGAGCGACUCUUGUGGCUUAGGCCGCCCGAAUUAGGAGCAGAUGUGGAUCCAGAGUCGCGAAUGCCCAAUCCACGCCUGCGCGCAGUUAUCAUAACCGAUCUAGAGGUGCUCAGUAACCAAUUCGAGCCUUUUACGGAUCACAUUAUGGAGCGACACGAGAGAAUGGAAGCGCAGUGGACACUUCUUCUGGCGCCUCGAGUGGCCGGCGAAGCUGAUGAGGAUACUGUCCAGAACUUUCUCUACAACGUAUGGGAUCUGGACUGGCAGAUCUCAGGCCGGACGAUUGGCGCCUGCAACUUUGAGCUUACUCCUGAAGCCCAAGAGAAUUGGCAGAUCCCGGACAUUGCGCUGGGGGGCAACAGAUUUGUGCCUGGGCCAGCGCUUGCAUCGUUCCACAAUAGGACGAAACACCUACUUUGUUGCCAAUGACGAAUAUCUCAGUGCGGAUAACCAGGAAAUCGUGACCCAGUGGUGUCCUGCUGCCCUGGACAUACUCUCGUACCGCGGCUUCAUUGGUUAUGCGUCCAUGAACAGCUCGGUGGUUGAUACUAUUAUGCUGAUGUGUGGCAUUCAGCGCGACAGUGAUUCGACCUGGCGAGUCCUUGAUUCUGAAGAAUUAGAGCCGGUGGAAUGGGAAUAGUAGGCGUCAGAGCUCGGUUCUCUGCGUGACCUUCUCGAUAGAUUUAAAUUACAAUAUUCGC